CUAUUAGAUACCCAACUAUUUGUAGAUUUGGAUGGUGCAAACUGUCCUUAACCUUUAACCGUUGGAAUCUUCAAUGAUCAUAAUAAUCACUUGGACUGACACGGCUGAUCACUGACGCCGCCGGUGAUUCAGAGCCGUUAAACUCGGCGGCCGGAGCUUGCCCAUUGCUAAAUUGCUGAACUUCUCCAGAAUGGGGGGCUCCAAUCUUCUCAAUCUCCACAUCCUCCCUCUUCCCUCCCAAAAAGCCCGAAUCAAAGACAACCCAAGAGAUUGGAAUUCGACUCUGAAGCACCACAUCAAGCUCAAGAACGACAGAGCAAUCCUCGAAUCCUACUCAGAAAUGGAAGCCUCCGGCGUUUUCCCUCUCCAAAGCCAGCUGCCGGUGAUCCUCAAAGGCUGCGCGAGGCUUCAAAACGUCAACUUUGGUAGAAAAAUCCACUCCGGCAUUGUCAAGUCCGGCCUGAUUGAUGACACAAAGGUUAUGACCGCGCUCAUUGAUUUCUACUGCAAAUGUGGGUUUUUAGAUGCCGCACGUAAGCUGUUUGACGAUAUGGCUGACAGAGAUUUGGUAUCUUGGAAUGCAAUGAUGUGCGGUUUUGUUGAAAAUUUAAGGAACGUGGAUGCUUUUUCUCUGUUUCGUAGAAUGAUAGCCGAUGGUUUGAGGCCCAAUGGGGUUACUUUGGUCUGUCUUCUUUCUGCUUGCAAGGACAUGGAGGAGAUCCAAAAAGGCCAGGAGAUUCAUUGCUAUUGCUUAAGGAAUGGGUUAUUUAAUUCUGAAGUUCAUGUAGGUACCGCUUUGGUUGAUUUUUAUUCUAAGUAUGAUGCAAUGGCUUCACGCUCGGUGUUCAAUUUGAUGGAGAUUAGAAACAAAAUCAGCUGGAAUGUUAUUUUAUAUGCUUACGUUUAUUCAGGGGAUUUUGAUGAAGCUAUGAUUCUCUUUGUCGAUAUGCUUAUCAAAGGUAUCGAUUUCGACUCCGUCGCAUUUCUGGCCAUCUUGGAGUCCUGUGCAGAUCUUGGAUGUUUAGAAUUUGGAAGGCAGAUUCACCAAUUAGCUAUCAAAAAUGGAUUUCUCACUGACAUUUAUGUAGCUAAUGCAUUGAUUGUCAUGUAUGGAAAAUGCAGAUAUGUUGAAGCAUCCUAUCGAGUUUUUGUAAAGAUACUUUCUGCAGAUCUCGCAACGUGGAAUGCGAUGAUAGCUUCAUAUGGGAACUGUGCAUGUUUUAAUGAAGCAUUUGGCUUGUUCAAGAGGAUGCAGGAGAACAAUAUUACAGAAAAUUCAAUCACACUUGCUACCAUGCUUUCCAUUUGUUCUCAAUCAGGCAAGCUUGAGAUGGGCAAAGAACUGCAUGGUUUUGUUAUAAAAACUGGAUAUGUAAAGGAUCCUGGCAUAGAGAGUGCGUUGCUAAGCAUGUACGUUGAAUCCAGCUCUAUAUCCUGUGCUUCUACUUUGUUUAACAAAAUGGAGAGACGCGAGGUAGUUUCAUGGAACAAGAUAAUGAAGGCUUGUAUUGAUCAUGGAAACUCAUAUCAGGCCUGGGAACUGUUUGAUAAAAUGCAACAAGGAGAAGAUAAGCCCAAUUCAUUCACAAUGAUUUCCCUUCUUUCAGGAUGUGAAAAAUCUUCCAUAAAUGUAGGGAAGUCAAUUCAUGAUUACAUUAUAAGAAAUGGCCUUCAUGUGAAUCCAUCAUUAUGCACUGCACUAAGUGAUAUGUACAUGAACUGUGGAGAUGAAGCAGCUGCUGUGCGUUUAUUUUGGAGCUAUUCUUAUAGAGAUAUAGUAUCUUGGAAUGCUAUGAUGACAAACUACUUCUAUGCUGGACAACCCCUUAAAGCUCUUUCUUUCUUCUGCCAAAUGCAUUCAGAAGUGAAACCCAACGAGGUCACAAUUAUCAUUUCCCUCCUAUGUUGUGCAAGAAUGGCUGAUCUGCCCAAAGGGAGAUCCUUGCAUGCACACAUUACCAGAAGGGGCAUCAUUUUGGAUUCUGAUGCCACCUGCUUGGGAAAUGCGCUCCUAACUAUGUACACAAAAUGUGGAAGUAUAAAGGAUGCUAAAAAAAUAUUUAGGAUGCUAAGGAAAAAAGAUGUUACUUCUUGGAAUGCAAUGAUUGCAGCUUAUGGAAUGCAUGGGCAAGGGAAUGAAGCAUUAGAUGUCUUCGAUGAAAUGCUCAAAGCUGGUGAAAAGCCUACCGGUGUGACUUUUGUGUCAGUUUUGUUUUCCUGUAGCCAUUCAGGUUUGGUGAAAGAGGGAUACAAAGUCUUCCAUUCCAUGGUUGAAGAGUACGGGAUAAGACCUCAGCUCAUUCAUUAUGGGUGCAUGGUUGAUCUGCUUGGACGUUCUGGUUUCCUUGAUGCUGCUUUGAGCUUGGUUCACUCAAUGCCUAUGGAACCGGAUGCAAGUGUGUGGAGAGCUCUUUUGAGUGCUUGUCAGUUGUCUUGUAAUAUAGAAAUGGCGAGAUUUGUUGCAGAAAAGCUUAAUGAGGUGGAACCUCUGAACAGUGGAAACUACUUGCUGUUAUCAAAUAUAUAUGCUGCAGCUGGGAGAUGGGAAGAUGUGAGAUCACUGAAGAAAGAAAUCAAGGAGAGGGAAUUGCAAAAGACUAUUGGAACUAGCUGGGUGGCUGUAAGAAAUAAAAUCCAUUCUUUCAAUGCAGGAAACCAAGUACUUGAUCAAAAUGAUGUUAUUUAUGAAAAACUGGGGGGAUUAUUGGAUGAUUUGAUAAGACACUGGAUGAUUCCUGAUUCAGGACAUGUCUUGCAUAAUUAGGAAGAUGAUUAAAGGCCAAAACUGUCCAAUCAUAGCAGAAAACAGCCACUGCUAGUAUGGUGUCAAUGCUUUUUAGCAAUCGUGUGCCAGCCAGAUGUUACUCCUAAUGCUGUUUGAAGGAAAAUUAUUUCAGGAAAACCAUUGAUUUCCAUCUAGUAGAAAACAGCCACUAGACUAGAAAGAAAAGAAAUAACUGAUAUAGCAACUAAAUGUUUUAUUUACAUGAUUGUAAUGUAUACAAUCCAAAAAAAUGUAAUAUAUAUAUUCUUAAAACAAAACUUCUUAGUAAA